AUGAAGGCUUUAAUCCUUAGUGGACUCAUCCUGGCCUUUGCAAUUUGUUUCCAGUUCAGUGAGAGUCAGCAAUCACGGAGCCAGGCAACAAAAAAGAGAAUCAACAGUCAACCAGCCCAAAGCUCCCCUGCCAGGACAUCACGAAGUAGAUCUCCAUCCAACCAACUCAUUGGGAAACCUCAAGCUCAUUCUCAUGCCUCUGCCCCAUCUGUUCAUAAAUCCCCCAUAAGAGCUCCAUCCUCACCUUUCAACACUCAAAAAUCAAAGUCUCUACCUGCUAGGGCUGCAUCCCUUUCAGUACUGACUAACAAAGCAGCCAUCCAAUUAUCCUCAAAUUCUAGGACAUCAAGUAAAAAGAAAAAAUCUGUUCAGUCAUCACAAAGACAAAAUCUACAAGUAAGUCCUAAGAAAAGGACAUUGACCUCUCCCAAGAAAGGGUUGACUCCCCGUACAUCUGGUCUAACAGGACAAAACACUCCACCGAGAACAAGCAGAACUCUGAAACAGCCUGAAAAGAGACAACAGACAACUACUAAGAAACAAUCAAAACAAACAGCAGCAGAAUCGAAACCAUCUUCAGCUACAAAUAAUAAAAGUCAAAAAAAAACCAAGAAAAUCCAGUCUACAUCUUCUAAGAAACAGAUAAAACAACCUACAAUUAGAGCAGCUUCAAAACCAUCUCUACCUAAAAAGGGAUCUCUGAAGACUUCUAAAACAGCUUCCUCUACAUCAUCGAAAAAACAGUCAUCUAAGGCCACAGCAAUAAAAUCUUCUUCCAAAAAUUUUUCAACCCCAAAGAAAGGAUCAACUAAAUCUAAAAACACUCUGUCUUCACCUGCCAAGAAACCAUUGACUCAGGCAACAGCAGUUCCCCAAAAAACUUUAGCCAAAAAGAAAACUCUAAAUAAACAAAAUAAUAAACAGUUAACUUCAGUCAAAGAAGAGCCAACUAAGGCAGUAGCAACAAGAGCAGCUUCCAAAGCCAAAAAGAAAAGUCUAAUUAAAUCCAAAAAUACAAAACCUACACCUGCCAAGAGAAAGCUGAUUCAGGCAGGAGUAGUUGCAACAAAUAGGAAAACAUCUAGAACCAAGAAUAAAAUAUUACAGAAACCUCAAAAAACCUUUACCACAUCUCCCAAGAAACAAGUGAAUCAGCCAAAAGUACUUAAAUCAGUAGUAAACACACAACCAGCCUCUAAGAAAAGACUAAAUCAAUCUAAGAGCUCCUUGUCUAAAACUGCCAGGAAGCAGUCAAAUCAUGCAAAAGAAAGUAAACCUCCAGUUUCCAAAAACACUCUGGUCAAAAAGAAAAACCUAAAAAAAUCUAAAUUAUCUCGUUCUACACCUGCAAAGAAACAGCAGAAUCAGGUGAUACCAAUUAAAUCAGGUACAAAAACAGCUCUGGUUAAAAAGAAAAAUAUAAAGAAACCUGAAAAAUCGUUCCCUAUAUCUACCAAUAAACGACAAAAUCAAUCACUAGCAAAGCCAAAAACAUCUGGGACAACUAGCGAAAGUAAUCAGCCUAAAUCCACUCAAACAGGACCAAAAAGAUCUCUAGCCAAGAAGAAAAUCCAAAAGAAAUCUACACCUGCCAAAAAACAACAGAAACAGCCCACAGCAGGUAUAAUGACUACAAAAACACACCUUACAAAAACUAAAUCUAUAAAACUAUCUAAGACAAGACAGCCCACAUCUCUAACAACAAAUAAAUGGCUAAGUAAAUCAAAACAAAGUCAGUCUAAACCUUCUAAGAAAGGUGUGAAUCAUCUUAAAUCACCUCAAGGGGUAAAAAGACCACCUACCUUAGCAGGCAAAAUUGUAAAACAAUCUAAGAAAAGAAAAUCUACACUUGACACAAAAAAGUUAAAAUCAUCUAAACUAAAAGGAUCUAAAUCUAUUCAAGCUGGACAGAAGAAGUAUCCACAAAGGAAAAGGAAACCAUUGAAGAAAGCUCAUCAGUUAUAUCCACGUCCACCGAGACCAUAUCCAAGUACCCCACAUCUUCAUGCGCAUGAGCACCAUCAUCACCAACCUCAUUCAUCUCAUAAACCACCUUUACAUAAACCAACACCUCAAACAAGCACAAUAGGUGUGACAACUAAGCCAACUGGCUUAACUGAAACCUCGACCAGUACAAUCACUGCGGUACCUGGAGCGACUACAAAUUUAGCUGCUCUCAGUAGUACGAUAUUGGAGAGCAAAACAUCUGUGUCAGUUGCCCCAACUAGUGUAACUGCCACUACCACUAAGAGAUCAGAUGUAACCAGAACACCUGAAACUCUAUCCCCAACAACUACCACCACAACCCUUGUGACACCAACCACUAACUCAGCAAUAGGUGCUACAUCCACAGGACCUGCCUCCACUGCAACUGCCGCAGCAUCUGUGACCUCAGCAGCACCUUCAGUGGAACCCACACCCAAAGGGUCUGCUGCUCCCAGCACUGCAAACUCCACGAACCCACGGCCUGGCUCCACUACCCUCCUAGUCUCUGCCUCCACCAUUGCCUCUGAUUUUACCACAGAGGACUUAGAAGAUGAAACAAACACAACAAAUGAAAGCACUGAUUACACCACUGAAGCUGCCUCUACAACUUCAGCAAACACAGGUACUACAUCCCGUGCCACUGCUGCCACCACUGCCACCACUUCUACAGCCACAACCUCUGCACUUGUUGGAGCCACAAAUGCAACACCUUCCAAAACCCUAGGGAAGGAUGCCACAAUCAGUGGUGCUACCUUGUCAUCUACCACUCCCUCUUCCCGUUCUGCCACAACAACUGCAGCAGGUGCCACAACCACAAGUGUACCUGGUGCCACAAGCACAAGUAUACUUCGUGUCACAACCACAGUUGCCCCAAGUUCUACAACCACCAGUGUGCCUGACACUGCCACCACAGCUGAAUCAAGUACUGCCAUCACACCAGUGGAUAAGGUUACCACUCAAACAGCAGAUGAAACAACCACUGAAGCUACUACCCAAAUGGAUGAGGAAACCACUGAGUCAGCAGGUGAUACAACCACUGUAGCUGCCACCACAACACCACUUGAUGGGGUCACAACUGGUGCAACUGACUCCACAAUCUCAGAAACAGAUUUCACAACCACCAUUUCUACCACCACUGCUGUAUCUUCAACCACACCUGUAGGAACAAUUAUCACAAUAGCAGCAGCCUCUUCAACCCCAGGCAUUGGUACAACCACCAGUGUUAUGGCUACAACUUCAGCCCCCGGUGAUACAACUACUGCUGCCAGCACAACUGUAGCAGGUGCUGCCAUGACAACUGAACAAGGUGCUACCACCCCUGCUGAAACAACCACAGAGGAUUCUGGAGCUACAACUCCAGGGGAGGAGGCUACCACUAAACCAGCAAAUAAUACAACCACUGGAGCUGCCACCACUCAGGCCAAAGAUGCCACAACUGCACCCGCUGAUGCCACAACCCCCAUAGCUAACCCUACAUCCCCAGCACUAGACUCCACAUCUCCAGCUGCUAGUACAACAGCUGUUUCAGCUACAACCACUAAACCUACAGGAGCCACUACUGCAACUGCAGCAGCCUCCGCAACUACAGCUGAUGUCACAGCCUCUUCAGCUGACUCCACAACCUUAGGAGAAGUCAUCACAUAUGUGGCUACUACUGCAACAGGUGCUUCAUCUACAAGCACAGUUCCUAUAGAAACCACCACCACAACAGCUGCAGCCUCCACAAGUAUUGCAACCACAUCAGCCUCGGAUGCCACAACUAUUGUCAGUACAAGUGUAUCAGGUGCUGCCACCACUAACCCAGCUACUCCUGCCUCCACUGUUGAACCAGGUUCUACAACUACUGAAAUUACAAGUCCAGGGGAUGAGGCCACCAGUGAAUCAGUAGGAGACACCACUCUGGCAGCUGUCACUACAACUCCAUCAGAGUCUAUUUCUACUGCUGUAUCUGAUGUUUUAACCACUGAAUUGGACUCUAUGACCAUAGGAGCAGAAACAACUACCUUCGUUGAUGAUAUCACUACUGACUCAGCAAAUGAUACUACUCUCUUUACAACAGAGGUCACAAGUGCUGCAGCUGCCACAGCUUCUUCUGCAGGAUCCACAGAACGCCCUGUGGCUUCCACACCUGCAGCAGAUACUACCAUUCCAACUCCUGAAGGAACCCCGACUGCAUCAGCUAUCACAACAGCAGCAACAACAUCCACAGCUGAAACUAACUCCAUCACCACUGCCGCAGUGACAGCCACCAGUCCCAUGACUGCAGUCAACACAAAUACAGCCUCAGCUGGAACCACCUCUGCUGCUACUAGCAGCACACUACCUGCUACUACAAACACAGCCAAUACUCCUAUAACCAGCAGUAGCCCUACUUCCACAUAG